AUGGUGAAUGGGGUAAUCGAAAGGAUGCUUUUGUUAGCAGUCGUCUUCUUUGCUGAAGAAGUGGUGGAUGGGAAAUCAAGCACUCUGUUGACCGAGAAGGAAUUACUCGUAGAGGCGAAGUUAAAUGUAAUCAACAAGCCUGCAGUGAAGAGCAUUCAGAGCGAAGAUGGCGACAUAAUCGACUGCGUUGAUGUCUACAAGCAGCCAGCUUUCGAUCACCCCCAACUCAAACGCCAUACGAUUCAGAUGAGGCCCAGCGAUGAGCAUUUUGGCAGAAGAGAUGUGGCUUCUUCUCGGUCCUCUGUGCGUAUGCCUGCCCAAGUGUGGCAAAGGAGCGGAAGCUGUCCCAGUGGAACAGUACCUGUCCUCCGCGUCCAAGAACAUCACUUGCUGAAUGCUCCUUCCAUUACAAACUACGGAAGGAAGCCAUGGAAAGGCAUCACCAAGCACGAGGUUCGCGUGGCGAAUCAAACAGUUGCUGCAGGCGUCGAAGGCUUGCAUGCAUUCGGAGUGCUCGUUGGCAGUGGAUUCAACUACAUCGGUGCCAAAGCAAGCAUCAACAUCUGGAAUCCCUACAUGGAAAGCGACGACGAAUUCACGAGCGGCCAGAUUUGGCUUACGAAUGGGGAGUACAACAAUUCAGACUCCAUCGAGGUCGGAUGGAUGGUAAAUCCAAGUGUUUUUGGUGAUAGGAGAUCGAGGUUUUUCGUGUACUGGACGGCUGACUCGGAAAAGACGACGGGCUGCUUCAAUCUCCUUUGUGCAGGCUUCGUGCAGACGAGCAGCGAGAUAGCGCUCGGUGGUUCGUUUUCCGCCGUAUCUACGUACGACGGACCACAGUACGAAUUUUCUGUCAACGUGUGGAGGGACUUGGACAAUGGGAGAUGGUGGUUGAUGUACGGCGACAACGUCACCGUCGGAUACUGGCCGGCUUCUCUCUUCAGAGGGCUGACCAAGACAGCCACGCUGGUGGUGUUUGGAGGCGACGUGUACAGUCCGAGGAUGAAGCAGUCGCCCCACACGGCCACGGCCAUGGGUUCCGGCAGUUUCUCCUCGGAGCACUUCGGCCGCGCCGCCUUCAUCGGUAAGCCGCGGAUCAAGGACUACUCGGGAGAGUACAAGUAUCCCUAUCCCUUUGGGACGUUGAGCACCCAAACCAGCUGCUACAGUGCUGAGAACUACGCGGACAUCUUGUGGACGGAGCCCCUCUUCUACUAUGGCGGGCCUGGCAGGAGUAAUCCGUACUGCCAAUAG